AAACAUCCGGAGAGAUUGAGGGGGGGAAAAUGGCAGAAAAUAAAGCUCGCAAUCAUUGCAGCGUUCCUACAUGCACCAAUAAUUCGAGCAGACAGCCGUGCUUGAGUUUUCACUCGUUUCCCACCGACGUGCACCUGAGAAAGAGAUGGAUUUGUGCUAUUCGCCGGGACGAGGGGGGGCAUUUUAAGGUAUUAAGGGGCAGCACGUAUGUCUGCAGUCAGCAUUUUAAAGAGUCGGACUACUCCAAAACAACUGGCCGUAAGCGCCUUAAACAUGGAGCAGUGCCUUCGCGGUUUCAGUGGACAAACCCAGGAUCUUUUGCACGGAGCAAUUAUUUGGGGCUCAGGAAAGCUAGAAGAAUGCCUGGGAUGAUCUGGGAGAAGAUACCGGAUCAUGCUUACGCAGCGGUUCCGCCUCCUGCAGCUUUUAGACCUUUUGUAAUGGAAACAGAUGAGAGAAUGGCGAAUUCUUUCAGAAGACCUCCACACACUCCUGCUCACUCACAGGAGAUGCAGAGAGAUGAUUCCUCAAGCUCUGAGGAACAGGUCAUCUCUGUGGUCCAGACCAAGCCUCUAAAAGAGAAGGAUGAAGACUAUGUUUGUGGAGAUGCAUCAAGUUCAUUGGGACACGUCAUCCACAUGGCCAAGAAUUCUAGUGAAGAAUUUGAGAAGAUCAUUGUCAAUGAGGAAGAACCUGAAGACAAAGACAACCUCUCUGUAGACACGUCAGGUUCUUUGGGAUGUGCCAUCGCUGUUGAUCAGCAGAACGAAGAGUUUCUGAGGAUCACUGUAAAAGAGGAAGAGCCUGAAGAUGAAGAGUACCAGUGUGGAGCCACAUCAAGUUUGGAUGGAACUGAUAUCCCCAUGGACCAACAGAACGGUGAAUCCGAGAUGAAACCUGUGAAAAAUGAAGAACACGAAGAUGACUGCUAUCUUUUCUGUGAGCAAUGCCGAAUAGCCUUCAUCAACAAAUGUGAGGUUCAUGGUCCCGCUCUCUUCAUCCCUGAUACUCCUGUUCCAGUGGGGUGCAUUGAUCGAGCCAGACAGACCCUGCCCCUUGGCCUAGAGCUUCAGAUGUCUGCUAUUCCCAACGCAGGUCUGGGCGUGUUUAAUAAGGGAGAGACGGUUCCAGUUGGUACUCAUUUUGGGCCUUAUGAGGGAGAAGUGGUGGACAGAGAGGAAGCGAUAAACAGUGGAUACUCUUGGGUGAUGAAGAGAAGCACCGGAUGUGACGAAUACAUCGAUGGCAAGAGAGAAUCGUAUUGUAACUGGAUGAGGUAUGUGAAGUGUUCCCGCAAUGGUGAAGAUAACAAUCUUUUGGCAUUUCAGUAUCGUGGCAGGAUUCUGUACCGUUGCUCUCGACGCAUCGAUCCAGGACAGGAGCUUUUGGUGUGGUAUGAAGAGGAGUAUGCCAGAAACAUCGGCCUUGUGUUCGACGACUUCUGGAACAUAAAGAGCUCCUUAAAUGCAAAGAGCAAUGCAUUCUCCUGCUCGUGGUGUCCUCUUUUCUAUACAUCUGAAAUUCACCUCGGAGAACACAUCAAGAAACACCACUGCGAGGACGUCAAGACGCCGCAGAAAACGGCCGAGACACCGAGCUCGACUAGUCGACAAACGCCUUCUUGUCCACGCUUCACGAAUACCUCAGACGCAGACCCAGUUCAGAAAAAAGUCUUCCAGUGUUCAGAAUGCGAAAAGAGUUUCUCUCACCUGAGUAAUUUCCAAAUACACACGCGCAUUCACACGGGAGAGAAGCCAUAUCGGUGUUCGGAGUGCGGGAAAAGUUUCGCGCAACAGAACAAUCUUCAGUCGCAUCGGCGCAUUCACACAGGCGAGAAGCCGUACCGGUGUUCGCAGUGCGGGAAGAGCUUCAAUCGAGAGGAUAACCUGCGGAUUCAUCGCCGCAUCCACACGGGAGAGAAACCGUACUGCUGCGGAGUCUGUACCAAGAGUUUUGCUCACAGGAGCGCUCUUCAGAUACACCACCGUGUCCACACCGGAGAGAAGCCGUAUCAGUGUCCGCAGUGCCCGAAGAGCUUCACUCAACUGACUCAUCUGCAGCAACACAAGCUCACACAUAAUAGGGAAAAGCCGUACCAGUGUUUAAGCUGCAGGAAGUGUUUUACUCAGCAAUGCUACCUGCAAGCACACCAGCGCAUUCACACGGGAGAGAAGCCAUACUGCUGUACGCAGUGCGGGAAGACUUUUACUCACCAGAGCACCCUGCGGCGACACGGCCGCGUUCACACCGGAGAAAAGCCGUAUCAGUGCUCGCACUGCGCGAAGAGUUUCUCUCACAAGAGCACUUUCCAAAUACACCAGCAGACUCACACGGGAGAGAAGCCGUGCGAGUGUUCGGAGUGCGGGAAACGCUUUACGCAUCGACAAGCCCUGCUGCUACACCAGCGCACUCACACGGGAGAGAAACCGUAUCACUGUUCGGAGUGUGAGAAGAGUUUUCGUAGUCAGAGUCAUCUCCAAAGACAUCAGCGCACUCACGCGGGAGAGGGGCCGUAUCAGUGCUUGCAUUGUGGGCGGAGCUUCUGUUACGCAAGUACAUUUAAGACACACAAGUGCGUUGGCAUGGAGCGGUCAGCUGCUCUCUAGUAAAAAUCAUGAAAUCUCAUAUCAAAGCAUCAUUUUUGGAUUUUCUUUUUUGUAGUAAUUCAACUGGCAUAAUGGUGCAGCGGGUAGAUUCACUAACUCUCACCUCCAGGGUUCCUGGUGUGACCCCGAGCUCAGAUUACUGUAUGUGAGGAGCUUCAAUGUUCUUCUCAUGUCCGUCUGGAAUAUUUUACAUGUUCUCCAGUCUCUUUCUGUCUUCCACUAAUAAGUCAGUAGACAGAUUGCGUCAAGUGACCACCACAUCUCUCAUUAAGCCUUUCACAAAGUAUUUAAAAUGUAAAUACUGAUUAUUCUAAUUGCUUAAAAUUUCAAGUCACAAAAAUUUAUUUAUUUUUAAUUUAUUAUUAUUUUUUAAAAAAAACGUGACACUCCCCAGCACUGAUCCAUCCACUGGUCCAUGUCACCAUUUUGUAGCUAAAAAUAUCCUGCCACUUACAUCUCAAAAACAGACUUGAAACUAGCUCAUAACAGUUAAUAACAGGAAAUAAGUUCAUUAUGAUUUUUUUCACUUCCUGACAUCACUUUCUAUGGGUAAUUUUCCACUCCAUUCAUGAGACCGUGAGACGAGGAACUACAUAAGGGUGCUUUUACACGUUACAUGUAAUUCAAAUGGAAAUGCUACUGCCGUUUUUUGUCACAGAGCCAAAGUUUUAAGAUUUCAGAAAGUGAUAAUAAUCAUUUUUUUCAUCCUCCAUUCAGAUGGAAAGUGAGAGAAAUAAAAACAAGGCAAAAAAAAAAAAAA